GCAGAAUUUACAGAAAUGAAAGUGGAAGUGAGGCCCGCAAGCAAGCAACAACAGUGGGAGUGUGUUUCAGUCACUGCUGGAGGCCGAGGAGACCAGAGCCACCUCUGAGGGGUCAAAGAGUUUAGUCCUUCAGAAUUUUCCACUGCCAACCCUGCUCUGAAGCCCCAGCUUCUGUCAGUCAGACGUGAGAGCCAUGUCUGUGACCCUGCAAGCUGUCCUCUACAGUCUUCAGGAGGAGCAAGCCAGGCUCAAGAUGAGGCUGCAGGAGCUGCAGCAGCUCAAAAGGGAGUGCAUAGGCUCUUCCAGAGCUGAGAUUCCAUUCCCGGUGCCUGAAGUUCCUCUGGUAUUCCAAGGCCACACUAAGCAGGGCAGGCAAGUGCCCAAGUUUCUAGUUUCUAACUUAAAGGUCUGCUGUCCUCUGCCUGAAGGUUCUGCUCUGGUCACCUUUGAGGACCCCAAAGUGGUUGAUCGGUUGCUACAACAAAAGGAGCACAGAAUUGACAUAGAGGACUGCCGACUGCGGGUGCAGAUCCAGCCCUUGGAGCUGCCCGUGGUGACCAACAUCCAGGUGUCCAGCCAGCCAGACAGCCACAGGGUGCUUGUUAGUGGCUUUCCUGCUGGGCUUAGGCUAAGUGAGGAGGAACUCCUGGACAAGCUGGAGAUCUUCUUUGGCAAGGCCAAGAACGGAGGUGGGGAUGUAGAGACCCGGGAGAUGCUGCAAGGGACCGUCAUGCUGGGGUUUGCUGAUGAAAAAGUGGCCCAGCACUUAAGCCAGAUUGGCCAGUUCAGAGUCCCACUGGGCCGGCAGCAGGUCCUCCUGAGGGUCUCGCCCUAUGUGAGUGGGGAGAUCCAGGAAGCUGAGAUUAAGUUCCAGCAAGCACCUCACUCAGUGCUGGUGACAAAUAUUCCCGAUGUCCUGGAUGCCCAGGAACUGCAUGACAUCCUUGAGAUCCACUUCCAGAAGCCCACCCGUGGGGGUGGGGAGGUGGAGGCCCUGGCAGUUGUGCCUUCGGGGCAGCAGGGCCUGGCUGUCUUCACGUCCGAGUCAAGCUAGGUCUAGCAUGUCCACCUGCUGGGGACUGGGACCACUUACUGCCUAAUGCUACCAAGAACGGUCAAAGUGCCAA